CCGGCCCAGGCCCCGGCCCCGCCAUGUGGUUCAUGUACGCGCUGAGCUGGCUCUCCCUGCUCAUACAGGUGGCCUUCGUCACCCUGGCUAUCGCGGCCGGGCUCUACUACCUGGCGGAGCUGAUCGAGGAGUACACGGUUGUCACCAAGAGGAUCAUCAAGUACAUGAUCUGGUUCUCCUCGGCCGUGCUGGUGGGGCUCUACCUCUUCGAACAGUUCCCUGGCUUCAUGGUUGGAGUGGGGCUCUUCACCAACCUCGUCUACUUUGGGCUGCUGCAGACCUUCCCCUUCAUCGUGCUCACCUCCUCCAACUUCAUCCUGUCCUGUGGGCUGGUUAUAUUCAAUCACUACCUGGCCUUCCAGUACUUCGCUGAGGAGUAUUACCUGUUCUCUGAGGUUCUUGCCUACUUCACCUUCUGCCUCUGGUUAAUCCCUUUUGCUUUCUUCGUCUCCUUGUCGGCUGGGGAGAACGUCCUGCCCUCCACAGUGCAGCCUGGAGACGACGUGGUCUCCAACUACUUCACCAAGGGGAAGAGGGGGAAGCGCUCUGGGAUCCUCCUCAUCUUCUCUUUCAUCAAGGAGGCCAUCCUGCCCAGCCGACAGAAGAUCUACUGAGCAGGGAUGCUGCCCUGAGGGAGCGGGGCAGCCCCAGACUGUGCAGGGGGCUGUGGGGCAGCAGCACUGACCCCAGGCCUCUCACUCCAUCCCUCCUUAGUGUAUCCCAGCGGGAUUUUCCUGGGAAGAGCUGCUGGGAACGCUGGCACCGGGCACUGACUGCAGGGACCGGAUGCAGAGGGAGGGUUCCAUCCAGCUCCAGGACUGCGUGCAAGGAGGAUGCUUGGUUCCAGCUGAGCACAAGGAGGGUCCAAGCUCCCCUCCCUGGCACUGCCCACCU